GGCGGCCCCGGCUGCGCCGAGAGCGGAGACACAGGCUCAAGAUGGCAGAUUCCGACUGAGGCUGGGGGGGCCGAGACCGCGCGCCGCUGUCCCCGCUCCGUUGCCAUGAACCGCGGACACCCCGGCCCGGAUGGCCCCCGUGUACGAAGGUAUGGCCUCGCAUGUGCAAGUUUUCUCCCCUCACACCCUUCAAUCAAGUGCCUUCUGUAGUGUGAAGAAACUGAAAGUAGAGCCGAGUUCCAACUGGGACAUGACUGGGUACGGCUCCCACGGCAAAGCCUACAGCCAGAGCAAGAACGUCCCGCCACCUCAGCCAGCCACCACAACCGUCAGCACCUCCUUGCCGCUUCCGAACCCGAGCCUACCUUACGAGCAGACCAUCAUCUUCCCAGGCAGCACCGGGCACGUCGUCGUCACGUCAGCCAGCAGCACCUCCGUCGCCGGGCAGGCCCUGGGCGGACCACACAACCUGAUGCGUCGCAGCACUGUGAGCCUCCUGGACACCUACCAAAAAUGCGGACUCAAGCGCAAGAGUGAGGAGAUCGAGAACACGAGCAGCGUGCAGAUCAUCGAAGAGCACCCACCCAUGAUCCAGAACAAUGCCAGCGGGGCCACGGUCGCCACUGCCACCACCUCCACGGCCACCUCCAAAAACAGCGGCUCCAACAGCGAGGGCGACUACCAGCUGGUGCAGCACGAGGUGCUGUGCUCCAUGACCAACACGUACGAGGUCCUCGAGUUCCUGGGCCGAGGGACGUUUGGGCAGGUGGUCAAGUGCUGGAAGCGGGGCACCAACGAAAUCGUGGCCAUCAAGAUCCUGAAGAACCACCCGUCCUACGCCCGCCAAGGUCAGAUCGAGGUGAGCAUCCUGGCCCGGCUGAGCACGGAGAGCGCCGACGACUACAACUUCGUGCGGGCCUACGAGUGCUUCCAGCACAAGAACCACACGUGCUUGGUGUUCGAGAUGCUGGAGCAGAACCUCUACGACUUCCUGAAGCAGAACAAGUUCAGCCCCUUGCCCCUCAAGUACAUUCGCCCCGUCCUCCAGCAGGUCGCCACGGCCCUGAUGAAACUCAAGAGCCUGGGGCUCAUCCACGCUGACCUCAAGCCGGAAAACAUCAUGCUGGUGGACCCCUCUCGGCAGCCCUACCGCGUCAAGGUCAUCGACUUCGGGUCCGCCAGCCACGUGUCCAAGGCCGUGUGUUCCACCUACUUGCAGUCCAGAUAUUACAGGGCCCCUGAGAUCAUCCUCGGUUUACCUUUCUGCGAGGCGAUCGACAUGUGGUCUCUGGGCUGCGUCAUCGCAGAGCUGUUCCUCGGCUGGCCGCUCUACCCGGGGGCAUCAGAAUACGAUCAGAUUCGGUAUAUUUCACAAACACAAGGCUUGCCGGCUGAAUAUUUAUUAAGCGCGGGGACAAAGACAACUCGGUUUUUCAACCGUGACACAGACUCGCCAUAUCCUUUGUGGAGGCUGAAGACCCCGGAUGACCAUGAAGCAGAAACGGGGAUUAAGUCGAAAGAAGCGAGGAAGUACAUUUUCAACUGUUUAGAUGACAUGGCGCAGGUGAACAUGACGACAGAUCUGGAAGGGAGCGACAUGUUGGUGGAAAAGGCAGACCGGCGGGAGUUCAUUGACCUGUUGAAAAAGAUGCUGACAAUAGACGCUGAUAAGAGAAUCACCCCGAUCGAGACCCUGAACCACCCCUUCGUCACCAUGGCGCACCUGCUCGACUUCCCCCACAGCACACACGUCAAAUCAUGUUUCCAGAACAUGGAGAUCUGCAAGCGCCGGGUGAACAUGUACGACACGGUGAACCAGAGCAAAACCCCCUUCAUCACACACGUGGCCCCCAGCACGUCCACCAACCUGACCAUGACCUUCAACAACCAGCUGAACACUGUCCACAACCAGGCUCCCUCCUCCACCAGUGCCACUAUUUCCUUAUCCAACCCCGAAGUCUCCAUACUAAACUACCAAUCUGCACUCUACCAGCCCUCAGCGGCGUCCAUGGCUGCGGUGGCCCAGCGGAGCAUGCCCCUGCAGACGGGGACAGCCCAGAUCUGCGCCCGGCCAGACCCCUUCCAGCAAGCUCUCAUCGUGUGUCCACCCGGCUUCCAAGGACUGCAGGCCUCUCCCUCUAAGCACGCGGGCUACUCCGUGCGCAUGGAAAAUGCAGUUCCCAUCGUCACUCAAGCCCCCGGAGCUCAGCCUCUUCAGAUCCAACCAGGACUGCUUGCCCAGGCCUGGCCAAGUGGGACCCAACAGAUCCUGCUCCCCCCAGCGUGGCAGCAGCUGACGGGAGUGGCCACCCACACAUCGGUGCAGCACGCAACUGUGAUUCCUGAGACCAUGGCGGGCACCCAGCAGCUGGCCGACUGGAGGUGAGUGGGCAAGCGGGUGUGUUUGAAUGAGAGCCAUGUCCACUGCU